UCCAUUGCUAACCAAACGCACCCUUCGUCGGUGUGACGUAACUGUUGUGUCGCAACACCUGCUUUGUGAUCAGCCGAAUGCUCAAUUCCGUCCGUCAGGUCUGAGAGGAAUAUGUCUGAACUUGUUUCUCUACACUCUCUGCAAACAUCCAUUCCUCCCUCCCAGACAUGUGACUGGCAUACCCCAACCCCCUAGCAUGGGUGACAGUGUGUCACGCACAUGCAGCCCAGCACACCCUCAGCUUACAUGCUGAUAGUCAGCUGUUUUGUAAAUCCUCUCUGGCAGGCAGUUUCUUUUUGUUGUAAGAAUCAGGUUGGGAUGACCUUGAUGCAAAAAAAAAAAAAAGGACUACGAAAAAGUUUUGCUUCUUCCAGCAGCCAUCUUCCCUAAAGCAGCUAGGCUUUGUUGUAUCAAAAGGCGAGUGUUGCUUCCUGACAGGAAACCCCUUUGGAUCUCUGAAGUCAAAACAGAGCAAAAACAGACGUCUGUGCCUUUAAUGAACACUCAUCACCGCGAGCUGAGCGCUGUACCCCGAAGGGAGGAAGAGAAAAAGAUGACCAUAUCCCUGCAGGGGCUGGAUGGGACUGAAGCUGCUACGGUGGCUGUUUCUCAGAAGGAGGCUGACAUGCGCACAGUUAAUAAGGUGGUGAAGCAUCACGGGGGUUCUGGUAGCCAGCCUGUCGUCAGUCCGAAGUACUGUCCUGGGGUAAACAACAACCCAGGUUACCUGUGUGAAACGGGGCACUGCUGCGGAGAGACGGGCUGCUGUACCUACUACUAUGAACUCUGGUGGUUCUGGCUGCUGUGGACGAUGCUGAUCCUCUUCAGCUGUUUCUGCGCUUACCGCCACCGCCGAGCAAAGCUGAGGAUCCAACAGCAGCAGAGACAGAGGGAGAUCAAUCUGAUCGCCUAUAAUGGAGCCUGCAACUACCCUUCCUCAAUGCUGGACCUCAGUUUUCUGGCUUCCUUCAAGUUGCCCUCCUAUGAGGAGGUGGCGGCGCAGCCCAGCACCCCUCCUCCGCCUUACAGCUCUGUCUUCGCCCUGCAGGGAGGUGCCAUGGGGGGUCCUAGCUCCUCUUACCCCCAUCAUCACCACCACCGUCACCCCUGCCCUCCAUAUCUGGGCCCUGGUCCCAGUGGCCUGACGUCCUCCCAAAGCUCUGACAACUACACCAGCUGCUCCUGCGAGUCUUGCUCCCUCACUUCCCCCUGCAGCACCUCCUUCUCUGUCCAGGUGACAGACGAGACGUACGACAGCAGCCACAUCUCCACACCCAGUGAAGCAGGGGGCGACUAUGCUGUCGUGUCAAGGUUUGGGGCCAACUUCACACCAACUUCUUCCCCGACACCUUCAUCACAAGUUGGACCUGAUGUUAUACCUGCGGCCACUCCAGAUGUCAUACCGGUACAAAGACGGCCCUCCAAUGGCAGUGAAGGAAUCUCGUCUUCAGCUCCACCUCUCUCUCUUCCUUUGCACCCCCGUCCUUCACACCCUUCUCGCCUCCCACUCUCUCCCCUCAUUCUGUUAUCUUUCAUUCCUCCUGGUCAAGUCCAUCCUCUCAUCCUCUCAGACCCACUUGGAGCUGUGGCCAUUCAGAGAGAGAAAGAAGACGAGGACCCGCCUUUUGGUGCAGCCCCCAGGUCCACUCUGGCUCCCCCUAAACAGGCUGUGGCUGUUUUCACACGUUGCAACAACGGGGAAGAGCAAAAACGAGAAAAAGAAGAAGAGAUGGAGGAGGAGGAGGAGGAGGAAGAAGAAGAUGACGAGGAGGAUCAUUUCCGGCAUCGGCGGCUAACAGGUGACUCGGGCAUCGAGGUAUGUCGUUGCCACGUGAAGAGAGAGGAACAAGAGGAAGAGGAACUACAGAAGGGGCGUUUUGGGAAAGGAGGAAAAGAGGCUGUGAAGGAAGAGGAGAGUGCAGACAUGUUGCAUGACAGCGUGGACUGUUCCCUCAGAGCGAAGGCCUCUGCUCAGUCCCCACUCCUGGACGACUGCGCUGAACAGCGCGGCCACAUCUCUUCACCCUCCAGUAUCAACCAGAAGACAGGCGUGGCCCUCAUCUCCAUGAAGUCCUCGUAAGCUUUCAGCCUGUGAGAUGUAGUCAAACAAGUGAAAAAAGUGAUCAAGACUAGUAGGUGAAAAGUCUUGUAGGUUUUACUUUAAAUGGUUGGGGACAGUAUGUGUAAUGGAUUCUCGUUUUCUCUGUAUUCAAAUGAGAAAGAGAAGCCGACAACUGAAAGUUCUACUUUGUAGUUAAUUUAUUUAUGGCUUCGGGAGGAGGCAUAUAUUUUUCUCAGAGGUGAUGAAGAUGCUAAUGAAUUGCUUCUUCGCUGUCUUCAUUUUCCCACAUGCUAACUGUGUCCAUUUUUACCAGUGUCAACAUCCAGCUUUCCCUCUACCGUUUACUUUUCAUCUCUCUUUUCUCUGCAUGAUGUAACAUGGCAAAAAAAAGGCAUUUUAGCUCCUUGAAAGGAAAACCCUAAUAGUCUGUGGUUCCCAACCUGGGGGUUUAAGAAAGAAGAAACAUAGUUCUGCUAAAGACGAUAUGGUCGUGUUUCUCUCUUUUUUUGGUGCUUUUUUUAAAUGUAAAAUUGUGGAUAGUUUUACCUUUUUAUCGGCAUUUACAAAUUCUUCAAAUUUAACAAUCUGAGAAGCAAAUAUCUAACUUUAGCUGCCCUGCUCACAGUGUUUUUGACACAUGCAAUGUGUGAUGGGGUCACAACAUUUUUUAUUUUAAUGUUAAAGGGUCAUGUAACAGGUUGGGAUAAAACAUAUGUCUCAAAUCGGCAGCAUUGAACGAGACUGCAAACAUCUUUUUUUCAUUGAAACAAAUGGGAGACUAAUCACUGAACUAUUCAUUUUCAAAAGAGCAGCUCCAACUAAUUGUUUCUGGAUCACCUUGUAUUAUCUUAAUUAACUGUAUUCUAUCUUUUGAAGAGGUUCGCAACCAUUCAACGAGACUUGAUUGACCUUUUUGUUGUAGGGUGUUUUAUACAUUGUCUUAUGUUUCUCCCUAAAGGAAAAGGGUUGCAAACAUACAUUUUAAUGUGCGAGUGGCAAAGCUUUACAAUGGCAUUAUGAUUAUACAUUGUUGUUUCAGACUGCUACAUGAUAAUACCGUACAAUGACUUUGGAUUUCAUGUGUUUGAACAUGUUCCUGGUUGGUCGUUGCCAUUUUUGCAUGGCAAUGUAAAUCUGAUUCCUCCAUGGACGGACUGUUGAGUUUUUACAAGGCAGAAACAUAAAGCCUAAUCUUGUCACUUAUGAAUGUAAAAGGUUAUGCAUCACAACAAAAUGAUAAACUUAAAUUGUUUACGGAGAAUUUUUAUAGCUUGACUAUACCUCUGGAAAAGUGCUCAAAAAUGCAGCAAGGCAAUACAAUCUGCCAGAUGUGGAUUUUGAGAACACACUUUUAAAUAAAGUGCCCAUUGUACUUUAUGAGUCAAGUAUUGGUUGUGAGAUAUCAAAGUUGUAAAUGUACCAGGUGAUGGUUUAAAGUCAGUAAUGCUGCUUUGGCUGAAAAUGUGGUUUUCUCUAAAUGUAUCCCAGUUGAUCCUGUUUUUGUAUUUACACAUCAUUUGUCAGUUGUACAUUGUCUUUCAGUAGAGAAGUCUCUCCCUCAGUGUGAAGUUGAUUUACCGUGAGUGAUGCGCUGUACUUCCUAGGAUGAUAUCAAGUUGAUCCUGUUAGCAGUGGGAAUAGCACAGAUGUACUCUCGUCAUUUAUUCUCACUCCAAAAAGGGACUGAAACAUAGAACAAUAUUUAGAAAAAGGAGAAUGUAUCCAAUCACCCGUUUGUCUUGCUGUAGCUAUUAUGAGACCAACGUCUCCGUAGAUAAUUGAGGCCACUUCGUUGUGUUCUUGGCUCAGUGCAAAACCAAUUCAAUUGUCUAACACCGGAAAGUCAAAGCUUUCGACUCAUUUAUAGUUAUGUGGACAGAAUACGUUGCCUUGGUUCGGCUUGAUAAUACCUUUUAUUUGUCAUAGACAAAUAUUGCGUGUAUUGCAAGCAGGUUUUGGUUCGCUAUGAAGAUAAUUUUGACAUCCUCUGAUCAGCUGAGCUCUUUUGCCGUGACUCGGAGGUGUGUCCCAGAGGUGGCUAAUGCUCUGACGGAGACAGUUCACCCUCUGAACAUAUCAACAUAUAAGCCUUUUGGCUACUGUACAUUUCUUGCCUAAAGAUUGGACAGUUGUUAUUUUCUCACUAGUUCUAGCUAAUGUAUGUUUAUCAAAGUGUAUGGUGCCUAGAUGAAAAUAGACUUUCUGUUAGGCAUUCUAUAGUUUACUGCUGCUAUGCGAGUGUGUGUGUGUGUGUGUUUUCUGUAUAUUGUGUAUAAGUCGUACAACAAAUGGGCAAACAUUUUCUAACAGUGCUUGGCAGUCUCUUUAUAAAAUAUACACAGUACAUGUGAGACUUGCAAAAAUAGUAUUUAGCAAUAGUAUUCACACUGUUUUCCUUAUCCUAGUUUAUGCUGGUUGAUAGGAAAUUAACUGUUGUGAAAAAAAGACAUUUACCUCUUUAGAACAGAUCCGUGAGCUGUGCUGGGCAAAGGCCCUUGAUUGUAACUGCCUUUGGUUUAAGGUUUCUCCAAGUGAAAACUCAGAUUUUCUGAUUUUACUUUAGCCCCAGUUUGUGCCUCUCUUGUUUACAUUUGAGUCACAGAGAUAAACAUCUAUUCUGAAUACAUUUCCAGCUUCUGGACUCCUUUGUCUAUUUGGAUUUGUGAUAUGUGAUAUAAAAGAUUUUGAAGACAUUAUUAGAAUAUUAGAAUUACAACUCCUAUUCCACAAAGAAAAUGAUAGUUCGAGAAAUGUUUGUACCAUGAAGUUUCUGUUCCUUUUUCUAAACUUCAUUUCUAUUUUUUUUAAAUAAUUUUGGUGCAAAUGCAUUUCUUCGGUCUUGAACCAUAUGUUACAUCUUGUUUAUAUUGAGGCCAAAUAUGUUUCACAUUCAACAAUAUUCAAUAUGUGGAUUUGGGGGAAAUGGAAAGUGAGUUCCAUUUUCUUAUAUAUUAAACGUAUCAUAAAAUGGCUCAAUGAAACCAUUACAUAUUAUAAUAGUAAUAUUAAUAAAUUAGUAUUAUAUUAUAAUAUGAAUUGGAAGGGGAGGGUUCUCCACUUUUAUACAAUACAUGUCUUGUCAGUGAUUUGUGAUGUUAAUUUUAGACAUUAAGGUCUUCAAAAUCUAACUGUGAAGAUUACUUAUUUAUUUUUUAGAUUUUGUUUUGUUUUGUUUUAGAAUAUAUUUGUAGUAACUGGAUCUAGUCUUCAUGAAUUUAUAGUGUACGUUAAGACAAAAAUGUCAUUCAACAAAAAUAAACAAUAGUAACUUUUAGAUAAAAGUCUAAACUUAGGAAGAGAUUUAAAUAUAUAUAUAAAUAUGUAUUUAUUUCUUGUGCACCAGCGUUAUCAUGGCAAUUGUUUUAUCGAGAUGGACAGAGUUGUCUUUUUGAUUCUGAAAGUGUUAACUUUUAGGGAUUUUUAAAGUAUUAAUUUUUCAAAAAGAUGGGUAACUCUGUGACUCGAAUGUAAUCAUAACGCACGUGGCACAGUCUAGUUUGACCCCAGCUCUGAUUUUACAUUGACGCCAUACUGAUCCGAGUUCAGUGUACAUAGUACUAGUUUAAUAUUCUUUUGCACUGUCAGCAGCUAGAGCAGACUAAAUGCCCAAACUCACCCCUCAUUGCCACAGAAGGCCAAGGCCUGAUAUAAGACUGUUACCUCGUUGAGUUUUGACUGCACAGGACUGUUUACUUCUCCUUAUCAAGAUAGUAUUUACUCUAUAUUUCUACUGACUUUUAUUUUGUAAUGCUAAGAAUUGAAGAAUUAAAAAAAUAAAAACAGAGCCCGCCAUGGUACGGCUAAAAUGUUUUGCCAGGAAAAAAAAAUGAACAUGAAAACCCUGUUCCUAGGAAACAAUGUUGCUCCCUUUACUCCUGCAGCUAUGAGACCGCAGGAUUUAUUGAAGUAUCUUUAUGUGAUUGUAUGUGGAAUAGUUCAGAUUAUUAUUGCUACAAAUUGUGGUGUUCUUUGAGGGUAUCCUUGUGCAAUUCUACCUGCAGCUCUUCAGUGUGUUGUAGGCAUGUGUGAGAGAGUUACUGUCGGCCGUGUUGUUGUGGUGUUAAAUCAUUGUCGCUUAUUAUGAGGCCAAAGUUGAUUGUUCUUGGUAUUUGUCAAUAUAAAUAUCCAAACAUUUUUAUUUCAUCAUGAAUAUCAAGUUAAUUUUGUAUCUUGGUGUAUAGCAUAGAUAUGUAUGAUGCAUACUUUGAUGUAAAAUGAAAACAUUGAGAUGCUCGCACAUUUUUUGAUAUAUUUGUUUGGUUACAUACUGUAUAUCCUGAUGCUUUCUUCCAGAAAGUGGGUUGUAUUUAUUGUUUUUCAUUGAUGAUCAUUGGGAAUUCUACCUUGUUGGACAUGGACGUCUGCUCUACUUUAUUCUACAAAACUGUGGAUUUUGUGUCAAAAUAAAUGCUAACAAAUGCUACCAAAUACAUGUCUGUGCUUUACGAACAU